ACAAGUUCCUGGCAUUUGCUUUGGCCACUCGCUGACUCAUGGAGCAGAGGGAGCCUUACUAUACCUCCAGCCCCUGCCCUUUGGGCAGCCUGCGCGCGGAGCUGGAGCGCCACGCCCGGCUCGGGGAGUCCCUGGGGCCGCAGCUGAAGGCGGCGGUUCCGCUGCCGCGGAGCAGGCAGUGCCGCCAGCCCCCGCGGCCGCUGGCGGGGGGGCAGUGCCGAGCGCUGCCCUCGCCACAGACUGCGAGGGGCCCGAGCGCGCGGGCCAAGGUGGCCGAGGAAAGCGGGUGGCCGGCGGAGCUGGUGGCCCUAGCGGGGCUGGGCGUGCGCGGUUUGGUGCCGCGCGGUACCUUCUUCCAGCGGUACAUGACCUGUCCCGUGGAGCCCAGACGCAACGGCACAUACCAGUUCUGCGUGGUGGGUCUGGACGCCGCGCCGGGGCAGCCGAGGUACCUGGCCUGGGAGCCAACCGGCUACUUCGACCGCUUCUUCGCAUGCGAGGAGGUAGAGCUCCGCUUGGCGCUGCAGCGCGCCGGCCAGGCGGGCAGCGGCACAGUGGUGAGCUGGCCCGACGCGGCAGACGUGCAGCAGUCCUUGGUGUACACAGGCCGCUUGCCUGAGCUGGAUGCCCGAACUGGGCUGCCAGCAAUUACUCCCAGCUGCAAGCACCAGCCCAGGACGUCUAUCGACCUCCUGGGCCCAAUGCUGCAUGAAUGGCAGAAGCGCUUUUUGCCGAGCCUGCGGUUGCGGGCCGCUGGUGCGCCGCUGCGGGUGCUGGUGUUUGAUCACUCCGGGCGCCUAGCAAAGCACCUGCAGGACUCCCUGGAAGAUGUGGUGGUUGUGGCCGCGGAGGGGGCGGCAUUGCCGAGGCGCCGAUCUCUGGGCACUCUCAGAGAUAAGACGCGCCAUCCAGUGGGCGGUGCUUUGCUGAAGGGCGCACCGCCGGCGCUGAAGGUGGAGGACAAACAGUUCGAUGUCGUCGUGGUGCCGUUUGCGCUGCAGAGGCUUUGCCAUGGCGCGGAGAAUGAACUGUUGACGCUCUGGAGGGAGGCCCUUCGCUGUUGUACCGGCCACCUGCUUCUGGCCGAGGAGCGAAACAAGGACCUCGGGGAUUGGAAGGCGGUGCUGCAGGGCGACUGGUCGGCAGUUAUCCUGCAGGAGGGUGCCCUGCCCAGCAGCGAGGUGAGAGAUCACUUCCUGUCCACCUCGGACAUCGCCGAAAGGAGGUUUCUUGUGGUGGAUGCAUCGACCUUCCAGGACCGCAGGGAGGCGCGCGGUGGUCAGAUACCCACCGUGAGGAGGGCACUCUCGAAGCAGCUCAGGAGGAGUCAAACUCACUCGUAGCCACGCGUUGCCAUUGCGGCCGAAAAGCGGCCGGAAGAUGUUUGACCUCCCACAAAGAAACA